AUGAAUGUGUAUAAGGCCAAUUGGGAUGCAUCGGUAGAUCGUGCUAACAGCAAAGUGGGGAUAGGAGUGAUAGUCAGGAAUUGGGAGGGCAGAGUAAUAGCAACUCUAAGAGCUCCAAGAAAACUAAUUCCCGAUCCCAAACUUGCUGAAUCUGUGGCAGCUCUUAGAGCAGUACAGCUUUGUAAACACAUUGGAAUUUCAAAGCUAAUUUUGGAAGGGGAUGCAUUGAGUGUGGUUAAGGAUCUCACCAGCGAAACUUUAGACUGGAGCUCUACAGGACUGAUCUUACAAGAAGCCAAAGUUGAACUAAAAAGUUUGUCUCUCGGGUCUGUGUUUUACAUACCAAGACAGUCCAAUUGUCUUGCCCAUUGCCUAGCCAAGGAUGCACUAAAACUCUCUGAGGAGAGCAUUUCAAUGGAGGGAAUACCUCCUUGUAUCCAACACAUGUUUUAA